AUGGCUGAUUUCUACUGUGGACUUUACUUUCUCGGCUGGCUCCUUCUGCUAGCCUGCAGCAGGGCCACGGACACCCCAACCCCUACAUCCCCACAGGUCGUGGAAGUUGACCUGAUCUUUCCGCGCAACGAGACAUACGCCCCUAUCCCACUGAUGCCGGUUGUCUUUGCUGUCCAGAACUUCCACGCUGCGAAGCCGCUCUUACUGAACUUCUACUACACCCUCGACCACGUCCCUUACACCCAACCAAGGCCCCUAAUUGGCCUACGUCAUUUACAGUAUGCCAACUACACUGGCAGCAACACUCACUUUGAAUAUGACUGGACCUCCAAGCUUAAUAAUACUGAGGGCACGUGGAUCUUUACCUGGGAAUGGCGCGCAAUGAACUGCUCGCAACCUGAUGAGGCGCCGCCAGAAACCCACCCAGGACAAGGCAUACCUUUAGAGAUUGACACCGCCGGCAUGCGCAAUAUUCUUUACUUUACUACUAAACACGGGGCUAAGCAACCAGAUCUUGUUGCUGCAACGCAAGAUAACAUUUGUGCUAAGUCACAGGCUGAGACUGCGAAUAUCACGGAGAUACUAGAUGUUCCCGAGUAUGAUGAUUACCACGGCACUCAGACUACGUGCGCAUUGCUUUCGACUAUUACUCCAACUCCAAAUCCCUGUGGUGUCAAAAUAGACUCCAGUAUGGCAUCAAGUAUUUCAUACGCUAUUCAAUCAACUGCAUGUGUAGGAGGCUUGAGCCCAAAUGUGACCUGCCCACCUAGCGCUGAGACGAGGAACUCGGCACACCGCGCAGUGCAAUUUUCGGCCGGAGGCGUAGUGUUGUUGGCGGCUACCCUUGCUUGGCUCAUUUGUAUCGCAUGA